UGAAAGUUGGUUGCCUUGUUGCACGUUGUUCAAGUACUCAAGUUGGUACGACGAACACAGUGAGCUCGUUCAAAGACUGCGAUGCCCAUCAAGCACCUGGAAAACUACCUCUCCGAGCGGAAGCACACACAGUCAUUUGCUCUGUCUGUGUUAUCCGACUCCCGGCUGGGAAUUGAUGCAUCUUACUACCUCAAAAUAUUGACGGACAACCCACCCUCGCGCGAACCUCUUCUCGCUGCAACUGGUGGCUUACCCUUGGCGCUAACGACACGCAUCGAGUCUGAUUUGCGUACGCUCGAAAAACUACGAAUAAAACCUGUAUUCGUUUUUCCUGGUCUUUUGCCAAGCAAGCGUUGGAAGCAAUACCAACAUCACGUGGAGCACAAUGAUGCAUGCAGGGACCGAAGGGAUGCUUGGGCAAAAUACGAGGCUGGCCAGGAAGAAUCCGCCGUAAAAUUAUUUGAGGGCAGAAGUGGGCUCCAGCAGUGGGACUUAUGGCGCAUGGUCUUGAGGAUAUUCAGACAUAGAAAUGUGGAGUUCUUGGUUGCUCCGUACGUCGCUUGGGCUCAGUUGAUUUAUAUGCAACGACACCCGAAAUCAUAUAUUCAUGCAAUCUUUGGACCGACAGACACCCUACUCUAUCCAGGUGUAGACAAAUUGAUUACUUCGCUGGAUCUCACCUCUGCGACACCAUCUUUUUCCUUCGUAUCCAAACGCACUAUCUUGGGUGACUUGGGCCUCAGCGAGGACCAGUUCCUUGAUGUUGGCAUCCUUGUUGGUUUUGAGCACUCGCCACCAUUUCCACCAACUGUGCAUGAACAAGCAUUGAAGGCCACGGUUGACAUGGUCAAAUACUACAAGUCUGGCCAUGCUGCCGUUUCCGCAUUCGCGGAACAUCCUGCGGUCAAGAGUAUGCAGUAUCCCGAUCAGUACGCGCGCACGCGCUCGAUGAUCAAAUACUCUCUCAUAUUCUCGUCUGAGGGAAGUGUCACGCCGCUUCCCCUUGCAAUCACCACGUCAGCACACGGUCCUAAUCACCCCCACCAUCCGACAGCUGCAGAUAUCCCUUCAGAUCUUCAUGAAAUAUUCACGCACCGUCUUCCUGACGAAAUCUAUUUCUAUCUCUCACGUGGACUCUUGGGGCCCCAAGCACUCGUUUGGUUGACUAGUGGUCAGAUCGUUGAACCCCCACCGCUUGAUAACGACAGGACCGCGCGCGACCGCUCUCGCGCUCAUUAGCAGCGUUUCCCAUCAAUUUUGGAACAAUCGGAAAGUUGCGGGCAACUUUUGGUUUGAGAGCCCCGCGCCUCACGGUCAAAAGUUUGUCCAACAUAACUCACCACAAACUGUGCAGCUUGCCGAACGCGUGGCGGGCUGGAACGUUAGCUAUGCCACUGUGGAGGAAGAGCUACGGAGACAGAACUCUUCCA